CGAGGGUUUAGGAGGCGGGGCGAAAGUGGCCUAAGCGUCCCACUCGCUGCGGGUCGGACCCGGAAGCAGCUCGGAUGCAUCUUGUGUGCCGCUUACGCGCGUGCUUGGCAGCAGCUGGUUCGAGCCCCGCUUGGCGGCUAGGUAAGAGGCGGGAGAGCGGAGUCCAAGCCGCUCGGGCGAGGCAGGGCCCCGCGGUGAGCUCGUGCAAAUCCUUUCUCAGGGAUGGUUUGGGGAAGGGACACCUGUGUGAUCGCAGUACUGAUCUCAGCAGCAGCGGUGCUCUGGCUGCAGUAUGGAAAAGGUACCCAAAAUCGCCUUUCGUGCGCCAGAUUUGCUUAUCUGCAGUUAGCCACAGGCCAGAUAUGGAGAGGGGCCUUUUUUGCGGGGGGGGGGGGUGUUUAAAAGCAUUUUAAAAUGGAAUCUGUUAAGUUAUUGUCUGCUUGUGACUCGCCUCGCGUGCUUAAAAAUAAUUGCUACAGGUGAGGUAGUGCAAGCAGAUUCGAAGAUAAACGGAUGAGUUUGGGUGCAUGACAUACUGGAAUAUAUAAGCAAGAUAUGGUUUAGGGCUUGAGAUUAAACAUAUGGGUGUGCAUAUUUUUAAAACCUAUUGCAGUCAUCUCUCUGUAGUCACCGAGAAUUUAAAGAAACCCAUCAGGUCAGAAUGUAAUGAUCAUGCCCGCAGACAGAAGCCCUGGACCACAGAAUAAAAAAUCGACCAGUCUAGAUUUUGUGAAGGGUGACUCGCCACCGAACAGUUGACAGAAAGGGCUGAUUAUACGAGGUGUGGACAGCUCUUGACUUCUCUACGCGAUUUAUUGGUAGGUAGCUUAAUCCAUCAGAAGGUGAUGUGAAAGCAAUCUAUCCGGUUACACCUGUGAUGACCCAUUUCACUGGUGCAAGUCAUCACAAAUUACGAAGUAGUUCAUAGUAGUUUGUAUGGCGAGAAAAUCCUGCAGGCGAGGGCUAGAAUUGCUUAUCUUUCUUGCUUUUUAAAAAUAUGGCGUUUUAGCCUUUUCAACAUAAUAAAGAGGGCCAUAAUUUCUGUAUUCUCGUCGUACCUUCUUGGCGCUAACCCAGUGUUUAAAAGGUUUGAUAGCAGCAGCAGCAUUUCAUGCGACGUAACAUCCAACGAAAACGCCCGUAACAAAAAAAUGCGUGUCUUUGUUGUGGUUUCACGGUGGGAAGGGGAAAAGUACGAGUAGCACCUCUUGUGCCAGCUGAUUCUCACGUUCGCUUUAGGAAAGGUGAUGGUGGGAAGCACGGCCGGAUAAAACUGCCCGUCGCUUCGGAUUCGUGGUAGUGUUCGUCGAAAACGACAGCAAGCUGUCAAGCAAAGCAAACGGAAGGCGCUUUCUUUCCUUUUCCACUGCUUGGAUUGGAGUCUUAUCCCUGUCUGCGCUUUUGGGGAACGAGGAUUGGAGAGGAGAAGGGUGGGGGGAGGCCGUCUAGCAAUGUUGGGGCUGGCGUGUGCGCGCUCCUUCCAACCCGUUUCCCCGUAUCUCUCCGUGGUGUUCCUGGCGCGUGGAGAGAGGUCCCUCCUUCGCAUUCCUGCCUGAAACCCCUGUCUCCACCAUGCGUUUUUGUUUGAAUGCAGCAUUCCUCACUGGUUUUUUUUGGGGGGGGAGAGGGGCGCAAGGUACGCGACGCCUUUUCCUCGGGAGGAGAGCGUUGCCUAUUGUUCUCCCCUUCCCCCCCACCACUGAAGUUGUGCGACAAACCCCCUCGCUGCUUUGUGUGUGAACCUGGGCGACUGGCGCGCGCGCGUGUGGAUGCGAGUGUGCGCGCACACGAAGGGGAGGGGGCAGCUGGAGCGCAAUGCGCGCUGCUGACGCCGGGCCGGCUUGGGCCCGCCGGGGAGCGAGCGGAGGGGGGAAAGAGGCCGCGCCGGUGCUUCUCGGCAGCAGCCGCCGCUUCUUCUCCGAGCUCCGUGGCCUCAGGCCUCCGCGAGGCGAUGGGCCUCCAAGCGCAGCCCCCUCCUCUGCCGCCACCGCCGCCACCGAGCUCCCGCCGCCUGAGGCGAGGGAGCGACUGCCGCAAACGAGGCUGAGGAAGGCCAGGCCCGUCAGGCCGGCGGCGGAGGCCCCGUUCGUUGCGUGUGGAAAGUUUCGGUUGGCGGACUAUAAGGAGAGAGCGCGGCGAGAGCGGGUCGCGUGAGGCGCCGCCGGCGAGGGAAGGGAUGGGAUCUCGGCCGCCGCAACCGCCGCCUCGCCGGGGCCGCUGAGAGGGGGAGCUGCGGGAGGAGGGGCUGCGGCGAGGCGGGCGGGCGGCUGACCCCCGCCGGCCGGCCUGCCUGCCAUUGAUCGCCCCUUCCCGUCCGAGCGCGGCCAUCGCGGCCGCCCGGGUGGGCGGGCCGCCUCCGCCAGGAUGAUCACCAACACGCGCGGCUUCCUGUGGUCGGACCUGGAGACCCGGGCUCUGCUGGAGAUCUGGGGGGAGGCGGACGUGCAGAGCGCCCUGGACGGCAACUUUCGCAACAGCCAUGUGUACCGGGACGUGGCUUGCCGCCUGGCCGAGCUGGGCUUCGAGCGCACCCCGGAGCAGUGCCGCAUCCGCAUCAAGGGCCUCAAGCGCCAGUACUACCAGGCCCGGGAGGGGCUCAAGAAGAACGGGCACGCCAGGAAGAUCUGCAAGUACUACGACGAGAUGGACCGCAUCCUCAGCGGGAGGGCCGGCGCGGCGGGCCUCGACGACAGGCCUCUGAGCCCCGCGGCCGGCGGGGAGCCCGGGUGCCGGCGGAGGCAGCAUCUGCAGCAGCAGCAGCACCCCGGCGCCCUGGCCGCCUCCGCCAUCCUCGCCGCCGCCGCCUCCGCCGCGCCCCCUUCCGCCAGGCCCGGCGGCGGGGCUUUGCUUCGCGAGGUGGACGCGGAGGAGGAAGACGAGGACGAGCUGGACGAGGAAGGCGGCGAGCUGCUGGAGUCCCCCCCGAGGGACAACUUCCACGAGGAGUCCGGGGAGUGCUCCUCCUACGCCGAGCACGCCAUCAAAGUGGAGUGCCCGCCCUUCGCCAUCCCGCUGCCGCCGGCAGAAGGUGAGUGCAGAGAAAGGAAAGAAAGUCGAGGGAGGCACAAGUCUCAGUCUCUGUUAUGGCACCUGCCACAAAGAAACAGCCCCGUUAUCUCUGCUUUUCUGAACAAUGUUGCGCGUUGGGGUGGGGGCAUCCAUAGAACAAUCGCAUCCCCUCACAGGCGCACAACACACACGCCCUGUUUUUAUUGCCCUGCUCCUCCCCAGUCUGUGCCGAUGUCUCUCUCCAAAAUAUGAAGUGUUGGGGGAAAGCUGGUGUUCUCAUGAUGACUUCACCCCGAGAGCAGCAGCGCUGUGUAUUUGGUUUGCCCUGCUCUUGUCUAAAAGGAAAGGCAAUGCCCCACUCCCCACUUUCAGUCACACACCCAAACAACUCUGGAGAUUUCUCCGCCUAAUCUUUCCUUUUGGAAAGGGUGAAAGUAGGCUUUGUGUCACCUGGGUCAAAGACCCAGUUUGGCAAAAGAAGAAGAAGAAAAGAGCCCAGGUGUUUGCAUACACACACACACACACACACACACACUCACAGGCUGGGAGGCUUAACCCAGGGCAAAAAAAAAACCCCUGGCUUGUCCCCCACUCCAUCCUCAUAGCUGUGGCACCGCUGUUGCCUGUUAACAUUGUCAAACGGUCCUUCCUUUGGUUAUUGGCAGGUGACUUCUGUUUUAAAAUGAAUCCCUGUUACCGUAUUAGGAGUGGGCUAUAAAAUAUAACCAGGGAGCUUCUUUGUCCUGGAUAUACCACCUACAUAAAAGGCAUAUCCAAUAGCGACAAAAAUACAGUGGCAGAUCAAGACUUCCUUUUUGUGUAUGGCAACAGUCCAAAGUUCUGAAGACACUACACCACCCCACAUUCCACUGUUGUGAGGGUGGGCACAUGCUGGGGCCCAAAACCCAGUAAAGGGUCUGCCAUCUCAACAGCGCUGCAAUUAUCACUUUUGCAUCCUCUUUUUUAGUUUAGAAGCACCAACUUGGGCCAAGCACACCAGUCCUUAGCUGGCAUUGUCCAUCCCCUCUUCCCUUCUGUGAUUGGGAAGAAUCUAUGGUCAUUUACAUAUGGUCAUCUCUGUAUUUAAACACAAAUGGCCAGCUCAUACACUUAAUGCAAGAAUACUGCAUGCAGUGUAAAUCAGGUGUACAGUGCCCCAAACUUGAAAUUCUUUUGCAUGAUGAUGAUGAUGAUUUUAAAGCAGGAAGACUGUUAGGCUGGCAGGCCUAAAGGCCACCAUGCAUCUUUAUUUGACAACAUAUUCUAUAGUAUUUCUCUUGUAAAUACACAACUUUUCAUCUGGGUUAAAAACAAAAGCCCUCCACCCUCAUAUUUAUUGUUCACAUACACAACUCAGGCUAAAUUUAAAUUUCCACAAACAAAUUGAAGUGAUAUCAUGUAGGGAGGUCUGUACUUCCUUCGCAUGUAGGUGUGUGUAUUAUUUUUAGAAAACAAUUCUAAAACAGAAAAACUGGAAUCUGUGCCUUUGUCUUUUUUCACGAUUGAGUUUUAUUUGAAUUGGGCAGAGCUAAUACACAUACAUAAAUCUGCAUAUAUUCCACACAAAACUGGCUUCAAAUUGGUGUCCUUAGGCUAAUAGGCACACUUGAAACAAACUUUUUACACAUAAAUAACAUCAAAGGGGAGAGGUUUACAGUUGUGACCUUUUGCAAUGCAGAUCUAAAAGCAGGGCAUUAAGGCUGCAGUCCUGUGCAUACUUAAUCUGGAAGUAAAUUCCACAGAAUAUAAUGGGUCUUACUUCCAAGUGAACAUGCAUAGGCUUCUACUGUAAAAAGUUGAAUUGAGCAAUUAUCUGCAGUACACAAAUACUUGUUUAAAAAUUUUGGUUGUUCAAGUUCCAUACGUACAUACAUAAAUGUUAUAGAAACAUAUAAAUUAUGUCAAUAUGAAAACUACCUGAUUACUGGAAAUAUUUUUGUAACUAAAGUGACAUUCUUCACUAUUUAAUUUUCUCUUAAGUUUGGUCAAAACAUGAAAAACUAACUUAUCUGCUUUUGUUUUAGGUUUUAAACAAAUUAAUGCUCACACCAAUGCACCACCCUUAUUAUCUCAGGCUAAAAGAUCAAAAAAACGCCAUGCAAACUUAACACUGGACAAAAUGAUGGAGAAGUUUCUGCAACAAAGCAUGGAUACCGAAGAGAAAUUUUACAAAUAUGAAGAGCAGAGGCUUAAAAUCGAAGACAAACGGCGUGAAGCUGAGCACGCCAGAGAGCUCCAGAUGUUGCAGAUGUUGGGACAGAUGUUAGCAGGGAUUUCUUCCACAGUAUCACAAAGGUCCCAGUAUAUACCUAGCAAUCCUUCACAGAGAUCAAAUCACCGAUCAUACGGAGAUAAUUUUAACUUUAAUUCUAUGUCAACAUCACUUUCGCCACCCAUAGGUACUACAUUCUCUUGUAUAAAUGAUUUUGGGACCCGGUAGCUAAGAUUUUUGUGCACAUUUGUGGUGAAUUUUUCUAAAGCCAGUGAAAUAGUACCCGGGGGGUUGGGGUGGCUGUUCAUGGGUAUAUGUGAAAAAUGAAUCAAAACACUGGGCAUGGUUGAUAAGUCUACAUAGAUAAUGGUGUUUAUUUAAUGUUAUGCUCUUUUGCAGAGUUAUCGUGGAACAGAUCAUGAUCACUGAUGUAGUUUACAUAGCCCUUUUUUUAAAAUGUAGCGCAAUCAGUUGUGAAUUUAGUGGAUUAAAAAGGGAAUUUUGUUCAUCUUUAAAAUAAAAUUCAUAUUGCUUGAUCUUUAGUGUUUCAUAGAAAUUCUGGAAGUAAUAGUUUUUGCACUUGAAACAACAUCGGUAAUUGCCAGGGAUGGUCUAAAAUAUAUAAGUACUUAUAGUAAAUACUUUUAGAAGGUGGCUGGUUUUAGAGCAGUUUUUAUAUUUUUCGUAUCCAAGUCUACUUCCAUCUUACUAGGGAAUAGAAUUAGUCUUGGAUAGUCUACUUCUGGGCUGGCAAUCAGCGUGAAAUCGCAUCCUGGUCAGCAAAAUAUUUUCAUUAGUACUUGCACUUCAUGGUCCUGAGGCUGUCUUCUGCAGUAGAUUUUCCUACCACGCUUGAAUAGUAUUAGGGUAGCCUUAGUUUUAAUUUGCAAGGCAAGUGAGUUCAAAUGUCAAUAUAGCUGUUGCCUUAAAAAUGCAGCAUGGGCACAGUUGACUUUGAAAGAGGCAACUUCCCAAAAAUGAGAUUGCCUUUCAACUUCUUUUACCCAAGUCAGAAGGGUCACUCCAAAAUGCUUUGCAAGCACAUUAUCAGAAGCUCAACUGGAGUGCAUACCACAGAUCAGGAACUAGAUAGACCUUUGGUCUAAAUAUGUUUAAUACUCCCAUCCAACUUCUCAUUGAAAACUGAGUAAUAGUGCAUUUUAUCUUUUCUUGUCAUCUUGGUAUUCACAAGGAACACAGUUUGAAAACUGGCUGCAAGGAGUCUUCUAAUGCUACCUACUUGCAGACUGUUUUGGUGUUCUUCAGGACUAGAGGUAACCAAGAUGCACGAGAACUAUGUAUUUGUUAGGUACCAACUUGUGUUUAAAUGUAGGUUCUAUUCACAAAAUCCUGCUGUUGUAUUUUGGGACCUCAAUCGCUAGUGGCUUUAGACCAGGGGUCUGCAACCCGCAGCUCCGGAGCCGCAUGUGGCUCUUUUACACCUUUGCCGCGGCUCCGGGGCGGAUACUAGCGAGGGGAGGAGGCACAUUGUGCGCCCCCACACUCCCCACUGUGGCGGGCGCUGUACUGGCUGUGACGUCGCAUGGGGGCGGUGCAUGCGUUAGUCACGCACCGUCCCGCCGUCACCUUCCCGCCCGCUGUCAGAUCGCGGCUCCGGAGAUAUAUUUGUUUUAAAUGUCGCAAUGGUUUUGCGGCUCCCAGUUGUUUUUUCUUCAGAAACAGGUCCAAGUGGCUCUUUUUGUCUUAAAGGUUGCAGACCCCUGCUUUAGACCCUUUUGAUGCAUGGAGACUUACUUCCAAGUAGGCAUACAUAGGAUUGUGUUCUAAGUAGAUAAUUUGGAGAUCUUUGCCUCUACAAUACUACCUCUAAAUAAAACUAUACUCCAACGUUUGAUCCCCUUUAUGAGCAUAAGGUAAAGGGAUCCCUGACCAUUAGGUCCAGUCGUGGCCGACUCUGGGGUUGCGGCGCUUAUCUCGCCUUAUUGUCCAAGGGAGCCGACGUAUAGCUUCCGGGUCAUGUGGACAGCAUGACUAAGACGCUUCUUGCAAACCAGAGCAGCGCACAGAAACGCCGUUUACCUUCCCGCCGGAGUGGUACCUAUUUAUCUACUUGCACUUUGACGUGCUUUCGAACUGCUAGGUUGGCAGGAGCAGGGACCGAGCAACGGGAGCUCACCCCGUCGUGGGGAUUUGAACCGUCGACCUUCAGAUCGGCAAGCCCUAGGCUCUGUGGUUUAACCCACAGCGCCACCCGCAUUAUGUUAUGAGCAUAACAGGGUGUUAAUAGGUAACUGAUCUAUUUUAAGUGAUAGUGUUUGCUCACCCUUAAUCAUAUUCUGGGUAAAUUGGAGUUUCCUUUCAGGCUUUCAAUAGUUGACAUUAAUCUGCUUUUACUAUCACUUUAUCUAAUCUAUCUUAUGAAUUUUGGACCUUUUAUCCAAUUAUCUAAGAAUAUGCUAUUUUAAAAAUACAAGGAAAAUGGCAAGAAAAGUUAUAAAUCUUUCGAAAAUUGUGUGUGUGUGAGUGGAGAGAGGGAGGGAGGACACAGUACAUAAGUUGUACUGUGAAGGCAGUAGCAGCAAUGCAGCUGUUUCCAUUUCUUUCUCUGUGCGCAUAAUCUUUCAGUGGCUCUCACCCUUCUGUCUACAAGUAUGGAUUUUUUGAAUUUCGUCAUGAUUUGCACUUUGGUCUGAAUAUCGUAGGAUACACUAUUGUUUUUUUAAGUGAGCAAGCUUGUCAUUCUUGGGAUAGUGCCGAAAUGUAUAAAUAAAUGUGGGGAGUUUCUGCCAUUGAUAGAAGCCCCAAAGGAAAGGAGGAGGGGUUUUAGCAUUCAGCAUGGUUCUCUAUUCACUGCAACUGUUUACCGUGACUACAGACUUCCUUGUUUGGAUUUACGACUAAAAUGAAGCAGUUACACCUAGAGUGAUCCAUGCUGAGGUCUCUAAUGCAGUUGGAGAUAUGUUACAGAUGUGUCAACAUGUUGUGUAAAUAACAUCAGUGGAAGCGGAGUGCAUUAAUUAAAGAAUUGUUUCCAUUGUAAAGGAUGAGAUCAGAAUAUUGACCUGAAAGGACUUAAUGUUUACUGGAAAAAAGUAAGUUUGAUUGUGGAAGGGGUUGUAUUGAGAAUGAAGAGAUUUUGCUGAUUUUUGCAACCACUGGGAGUUUUCUUGUUUGAUGCUGACUUUUUCAGAUACGUUUUUCGCCCUGUGGAUACUUUGAGCUCUUUGUUAGAUUCAUCUGACUGUGAUAACUAAGCACAAUUUGAACGGGCAGUUUAAAACGUAGACAUCGCUUCAGCAGAAACACUAAUGAAGAGCAGCAGUCUGAUUGGUAGUUACUAAUUAUGUGAUACAAUUGUCAAUUGGAAGCGUAAUUGUCAAAGUAGGGUUUUUUUAAGCUGCAGAAACAUGGAAGGAUAUUUUGUUGCUUAUUUUGAACACAUUUUGGGUCUUUUAACACCCAUUCAUAUCUAGAAAACCAGCAUUUUAUUUAACUCCUAACCAUUGACUCAGUAUCUAUUAACUAUGUGCUUUUUAUUACAAAAAAUGUGAGUGUUAACUAAGACCAUUUUAAUCUUUUUCUAAUUUGCAGUUUGAGAUAUAAGUGGCUUAGGCCCAAGUUCAUAAUUCUUGUCAGCACAAGUUCUUCUUGCUCAGUGCUGUUCUUCCGGGUGUAGGAGUUAAUUACAUCCUUGUAUGAAAGCUGGCCUGCAACUAAUAAAACUGGAUGACUGGGAAAUCUUGGAGAUUAUCACAUGAAAGUUAUUAGGGUGGGAGCUCAGGCACCACCACCUUCCUCUCACUUGUAUUCCCACCCCUCAUGCACACACACAUUGUCCCUUUGACAUUGCCAGUUGGCCAUACAAGAGAAAUAAGCAUCUGUAUGAUGGUUUGAUAUCAUGGUUACUUUGAGUGUGCAGUGCAACGCAGAUGUGAAAAACCAAGUUGGCGCUAAUACUGUUCUUACAGUUUUCUGAUCAGAUCUCUGCACCAGGCAUGCUGGUUUGCCCCUGCCACCCGACAUUACGCAAACAAUGUAGCCAGUUGAAUCAAUUGAGCCUUUGUGUGCACAGCUCUACCUGAAAAGUAGACCUGGCACUGGACCUCGAACCCAGAUUUCACAGAGGUGUAGAUUGUGGUUUUGUUCAUCAUGGGAAGGCUAGCGGGGAGGGCUCUUUGGUACGUUCCUGCUCCCUUGUUGAGGAACAUGGAAGUAUUAUUAUUUGAAUAGGGCUGGUUAAUUGAAGAUGCAAACAAGAAUAUUUAAUACUCUAAUUUCUUGGAAAUAUUAAUGUUAACAGUGAAUGUUAUGAAAAGUUUGAAUUUAAAGUAAUUAUUUAAAUGUCUUUAUUUCUUUUUCAGUUAUAGAAAGAUCUUUCUCAGUGCACAAAACACAUUCUGUAAAGGAAAUGGAGAAUAUAUUUCAACUGGUGCGGAAUGUUAUUCCUCCUCUAACUGCCAAAAAGCAUAAAGGCCAAGAUGGACGAAUAGGAAUUAUUGGAGGAUGCCAAGAGUAAGUUAAAAGAAAAUGCAUAACAUCCUUGCAAGCAAGUUUUCAAGUAUUAGUAGGUUGCAACACAUUUUACUAGCCCUCCUUGAGCAUACCUUUUUUAAAAAGUUCCAUUUGCACCUUAAAAGGUAAAGGGACCCCUGACCAUUAGGUCCAGUCACAGACGACUCUGGGGUUGUGGCACUCAUUUCACUUUACUGGCCGAGGGAGCCGGCGUACAGCUUCCAGGUCAUGUGGCCAGCAUGACUAAGCCGCUUCUGGCGAACCAGAGCAGUGCACGGAAAUGCCGUUUACUUUCCCGCUGGAGCAGUACCUAUUUAUCUACUUGCACUUUGACGUGCUUUUGAACUGCUAGGUUGGCAGAAGCAGGGACCGAGCAACGGGAGCUCACUCCGUCGUGGGGAUUCAAACCGCCAACCUUCUGAUCAGCAAGCCCUAGGCUCUGUGGUUUAACCCACAGCACCCCCGUGUCCCUUAUUUGGCCCCUUACCAACUUGCAAAAAAGAUAUUUUAAUCAUUUCCUUACUUUUAUUAGGCAUGGUUUCCUGCCUGGUUGUCUAGAGGCAAUUAUUACAUUCCCACAUUCUUACUUGCACAUUUAAAUCAAACACCUGAAGAUGUCUUAAAAGUCAUUUUAAUCCUUUUUUUUUUUUUACUUUGAGGCCAAAUGUGUGCAUAUGUCAUGUGACCAUAGCUCUUAGGGAAAUAAGGAAGGUGUACCAUUUGACCUUGAGAGCUUAGCUCUUAACUGCAUCUUCAGCCAUAAUUCACAUUCCUUUUGAGAUCCCAUCAUUGUGCAAAUGUUUGGCUUUCAUGAGAAGUGUUCUUUGUGCUGACUGUUAAGGAAAUGAAUUUGUUUAUGUGUGUGUGCAUGUGUAAUACAAUUCUGUGAGCGUAGAAAAAGGGCAGAAUGUGCAGUUAGGUAUAGAAUUCAACUUUCCAGGAAUCUCAGCUUCCACUAAAGAGAGUUAAGUUGCUUUCCCUUAGGCCUGCAAAUACACACUUGACAUGUGUGAGCAGAAUGAAAAGCCCAGAAGCCAGAAAGAAUAACCAGAUGAGAUUCACAAUGCUAACCUAGCUGCUUCCCAUUAGUCUAAUCAGAAUAAAAUAGGGGAAAUAGGAAAACAGAGUAUAGAUUUUAAGAGACUGUGAUUCAAUUUUCAGAAUUUAUAUAAGUAAAAAAACUUUAACUUUUUCCGAUGCUGAAUUUGGAUGCAAAAUAAACAAAACCCUGCAUCCCCUUGAUUUAAGGGUAGGGAAGUUGUAACCUCAGGCUCUUCAUCACGGCCUCUGGGUCUUCAUUCCCCAUUGAAAAAUAAAUUCCUAAUAUUCUGCUACAAUGUAAUACACCAGAAUGUAUGAUGGUAGUAUUUUCCCAUCUAGUCAGUGCCAAAGAUGCGUCCCAGUCCUAAUACAGCCCAGCGUAGCACAAGGAUUUGAAAUCUGGAGACCUGUUUGUGUACUUUCAUAGAAUCACAGAAUUGUAGAGUUGGAAGGAACCCCAAGAGUCAUCUAGUCCAACCCCCUGCAGUGCAGGACCCAGCAUGAAGAUGACAGAUAUUUCAUAAUGCUAAGAAGAAACUAUUAUUUUAACAUUAGAUUUUAUAUUUAAUAAUGCCUAAUCUAAAAGAGCUUCUGCUUGGCCUAACCAAAAAAAAAAAAGUGCACGUCUGUCUUAAUUUGAGCAUUCAGUGCCCAGAGUGGUUUCCUCCUGGUUAUGUUCAGGUUCCACAGAAGCAGCUGUACAAUCACGUUUGUCUCAACUUCAGUGAGAGUCUGGUUAUUUGUGAAAAGGCUGACUUAGAGUUGUUAUCAUAGAAUAAAGUCUGCUCAUCACAGCUACCAAGUAUGAGCCUUGGAAGCAAGCCAAUGAAGAGACAAGAUCUGUUACUUUGCAGCUACCACAUUAACUGAACAUAAAUGCCCUUAGCUAUUAGUAGGCAAGAGCUGCAGGCGCUCGGUUGUGAUAGUGUCAUAACUCAUAUUUAAGACUUAAAAAUAUAUGCAUAAUUUGGUGGGGGGGUAGAGGGUAAUUUUUAGUCAGUUGUCUUUAUCCCAAUUCAGCAACCAAACUUGUUAGCAAAAUAAAGAUGCCUCCUAAGUUUAUUUUUUAUUUUUUGCCAGGUAUACAGGGGCACCGUAUUUUGCUGCAAUUUCAGCUCUCAAAGUGGUAUGUGCUCUCUUAACUUUUCGUUAAAAUGGGUAAGGAACAUCGCAUGGCUAGUUUAGGGUUGAUGGGAGUUGUAGUCCAGCAACACCUGGAGGUCCGCAUGUUCCUCACCCCUAUUUCAAAGGCACUGAUAAUUAUCCAACAGUUUAAAAAAAGGUAAAGGACCCCUGACAGUUAAGUCCAGUCGCAGACGACUCUGGGGUUGCGGCGCUCAUCUCGCUUUACAGGCUGAGGGAGCUGGCGUUUGUCCGCAGACAGUUUUUUCAGGUCGUGUGGCCAGCAUAACUAAGCCGCUUCUGGCACAAUGGAACACUGAAACCAGAGCAGCACACGGAAACGGUGUUUACCUUCCCGCCAGAGCGGGUUGGCAGCUGGGAUCGAGCAAUGGGAGCUCACCCCAGCUCAGGGAUUUGAACCACUGACCUUUUCUGAGCAGCAAGCCCAAGAGGCUCGGUGGACCACAGUGCCACCCGUGUCCCAUUAUCCAACAGUUAAGGGUACUUAAACCCGGUGAAAACAGCCUCUUAUGUGUGUUGUUGAAUCAUAGCUUUCUAAGGGUUGUAUCUCUGAACUUCAAGUGUACUUAAAAUGCUUUGGAAUCAGACCGACUCGAGUAUGUGGAUAGUAACUGAUUGUCCCCUUAGAAGGCUGCUUUAAUAAAUACUAAUUGUCAUCUUAAUAAUAAAGUGCAGAAAGCCAUCAUACACAGCGUAGAAUUCCGUCUGUAAUGUAUUUCGCUACUGUGAUCUCAACAACGGAAUUCCAGUGGGGAGGAAGCUACCCAUGCACAUAUCAACAAAAUGUUUUACUGUUCGAGGUAUUGCUAAAGCCAAGCUAUCAAUGUUUGAGAAAAGAGAUAUGAAUGUGCUUUUCAUUUAGAUUGUUAAGGAAUGUUGGAAAUGGGCUUUUAUAUGUAGAGAGAGUACUUAUAUUGGAUCCUAAAAAAAUUUGUUCCAUUGAUGUCCAUGAGACAUGCUCAAGUAUAUGUAUUUAGGACUGGGGUAACUAGUGUGAGAAAUGGACCUAAAAAUCGCUUUGUUCUGUAAGUCACUAAGUAAGAAUGUCACGGGGCAGACUCAAGCUAGAAAGCAUGGAACUGGCUUGUUUGGGUUUUAAUGACUUUGCAUGAUGUCGUAUUAGUAUCAAUGGAUAACUAUAUGUUAACUUUCAUAGGGUGCAGACAUAUCCCAUGUAUUUUGUACCAAAGACGCAGCAACUGUAAUAAAGUCUUAUAGCCCAGAGCUGAUAGUUCAUCCUGUUCUGUAAGUAUCCUUUCCAUUUUUUGUCUUUUGCUUUCCUCCUAUAUUUUUCUCACAUGACUUAAUGGAUCAUGUAUUAGUUGUAUUAGGGUAGCAGCUCAGAACUAGGUUACCAGGAUCAGGUGAAGGGCGCCAAUCCUUUUGUGACCCUACUGGCUUUGAACCUGGGUCUUUGUAUCCUAUACUCAAGCAUUUCAUGCUGUGAUGCUCGCAUCCUGUCCAGAGGACACGUCUCUGGAUCUGUCUUAAUGGCUGGAAUUUCAAAUAUGUUUUUUUAAAAAAAAUGGUAUAUGGGGCAAUCCCGCAUGUCUGCCACACUUGCCAUGCUUUGACUCACAGUAGCCAGCUUCUGUUCUGCUGUAACUAAAACCAAUCCAGAUGCCAAUACUUCUCUAAACUUCGAGACAACAUUUUAAUGACGUUUUAAUUGUAUUCACAUAACUUGCAAAUAGUGCCACCUUCUGCCUUCCAAAAGUGGUGGUGCUGAAAGUCCCAACUGCAGCAUUAACCUUUCUAUCUACCCAAGCUGUGUCCAAACCAUUAGUUUAGUCUCUUACUACAGUGUUGUUGUUUUUAAAGUGACACAGUAAAGCUUCAAGAAAGCACCAGUAGAGACACAGAAGGGACUCUUCCACAGCAGCCAGUUGAAUGAUGCCAUAUGCUAAAAUAAGCCUAUGUGCAUAGAUAGGUAUUACACCCAACUGUAAAUCUUAAAAGUUUGGUUGCUACAGCUGCUGCUUGAAAUAUACAGUCAGGAAUUUGAGAUGGGGGGAGGGAAUAAAAUCAAAACAUUGCCAGAAAAUAAAAUAUGAAACAAGUCACAUGGCAUAUAGGGAUUGGAACUUGAGGGGACAGGAAGUGUAUGCUACCCAUGGGAAUUCCUCCUUCUUCUAAAACCAAAAAGGAAACAUGGCAGCCAGCCAUGUGGGAAUUUCAUCUCCCUUUCCUGCUUUCGUUUGUCAGCUUUCCAGGCAGAUGGAAGUUCCUCGGUUUCCCCACAUACAUUCACAUAAUGCCAUCUCCUGUAGAAAAGGAAAAAUGAUAAUUUUUGUGAACCGCUGAGGGUUUUUGCCAAAAUGAUACAUUAUCUAUAUAAAUGUAUGGAUAUGGCAUGCUUUUAUUCAGGAGAAAAAUGGUUUAGCAAUUAAUAAUAAUAAUAAUAAUUUAUUAUUUAUACCCCGCCCAUCUGGGCACUCUGGGCAGCUUCCAACCAAAUACUUUGAGAAAUUGGUUGUGGUUGUUUACAGAAGGCAGCUUGGGGAGCUGGCACCCAGUACACUUAAGCUGAAAAUUGCACUUCCUUGCAAAUGCAAGAAAUCAGAUUUUUGGAAACAGGCCAAUCUGUGCUCUACUCUGUCUAGUGACAGCCCUGAUGCUGUUCAUGAAGUGGAAAAGUGGCUGCCACGUCUACACUCGGUUGUUAUCGGACCUGGAUUGGGUAGAGAUGAUGUACUGCUUGAGAAUGCCAAGGUAAAUUGGACAAUACCCUUUUUCACGAAACUAAGUUUCUGUUUUGAAUUCAUCGCUGUUGGUGAUAUUCUUGAUGUUGGAAAUUGAGGGCGAUUAUAAAAUGGCAGGAUUAGCAGCUAAAGUUGAUGAAAGUUGCCUUUAUGUGAAACUCUUACAGAUAACUUAAUGAUCCCCAAGAUCCGCAAUGCUCCUGUGUUUCUUUGUAUGGGAGAGCUCCACCUCCCUUUGGAAUAGACAUAGAGGCACAGUUGAGCCAUUGUAACAAAACAAAAUAUCAGUAAAUGUGGUUUCAGGAUGGAUCAUAAUAUCCAAGCCAUCCUUUGCUUGCUAGUGUUUGAUAGAGCUCAGCCACAAAGGCAUUGGUUUUAUUGCUUACAUAGUCCUGGCAGUGAUAAAAGUGACCAACGGAAAUAGGGCACAGUAUUUCCCCCCACACCCUAAAAGGUGAGCAAAUGAAGAAGCAUUUAUCUAGAGAACUGUCUUGCUUGUACUUUUGAGUAGGACCAGUCUGCAUUAUAAAAAAUUGAGAAAUGGAAAUGAAAGGGCAGAAGUCCCAUAAUAAUGACAUCAUAUGAUUAGCACCACUUUAUAGCCGCCUUCUUCUGGGUAAACUAUCAAUAUCGUCUGGCCAUCUCACUUUUAAAAAAGGAACCAUUACAUGUUUGUAAACCUCCCCAAAUCCCUUAAUGUAUAUACCAUACACAGAUGAACCACAUGGCCCAGUGAUGACCUCUGCUGUUCUUCUGAUGCCCUGAUCCCAAACUGCAGUUUCUAUUAAAUCUGUUUCCAGAAUUGGGUGCACAAUAUAAAUCAUGACACAACAGAUUGUGCCAGGAAGGAAAGUAUGGUUGUGGGAGGUUAGGGCUGGAGAUGCUGUGUAGCACUAGAGACUGACCUCUCAGGUCAGUGGUCAGAAAACAAAUAUUCAAUAAAGGCAGUGUUUCAUUAAUGCAGGGGUCCAGUCAGGCCAGCGCCUGGCAUAUUGGGUGGUGCCUUUUCCUUUAGCAGAGUCACUUCUCUAGUACACCACUGUUGCUAAGAGGUAUUAGCACUCAGGAAACUGGAAGGGGUGCUUCUUCCCGUGCCUCUUAACAGUAGUGGUGCACCAGAAUGAGAGACACCUUUCCCAGGUAAGUGCUGUUCUUCCCAUUGUUGUACGAUGAGGAGAGGUUCCUUCCAUCAGCCCAGCAAUGCUAUGGGGGAUAAAGUCAUUGUCUCCGUUCUUCAGUGAUCUCUGAAGAACAGAGAGAAUGCUAUUCCUCCCACUCUUAUUGGUUCUUCGGAAUGAACUCUGAAAAGCAGAGAGAGAUCUCCCCAUCACAUUGCAUUUCUCAGAGGAGAGGUUCCUUUCCUCCUAGCUCAGCACUGUGAUAAAGAGAAAAACCCUCCCUGCUGCCUGAACGCUUGUGCAUGUGCAAACAUGUCUUUGCAUGUGCGAGCUUUGGCCGCAUCCUCUGCUGGCCUGCAGCCCUCUGAGGUCUGGCUAACAGCAAAUGUGGCCUAUAGGUUGGAAAAGAUUGACCAUCCAUCCCUGCAUUGGUAGUUUUAAAGAUCCAGGGGUAUGCGUUUUGGGUUUCAGCCACAAUUAGAGUAACCCAGAAGAGAAACAAUUUUGUAAGCAUGGGGUUGUAUUCAACUAGGUCCUAUUUGGAGUAGAGUAGACAGCUGUUUCCCGAGUUUUUACUUUGAAACUGUAAGAGUUACUUGAACAACGGGAAGAGGUUUCAUUUUCAGUUCUUAAAAGUCUGCUCUUUUUUAAAAAAAACCACAGGGUAUCAUAGAAAAAUCGAAGGUCAAAGGAAUUCCUAUCGUAAUUGAUGCUGUAAGUAUUAUGUUUUCAUUAGCUUAUUUGCAUGAUGUUGUUCUUGCCAGUAAAUGUUUCUCUCUUGCUGCCCGACGCAGGAUGGUUUAUGGCUAAUUGCCCAGCAGCCAUCUCUCAUUCAGGGUUACCCUAGAGCGAUUCUUACUCCGAAUGCCAUGGAGUUCAGCAGACUGUAUGAAGCUAUGGUGAGUUCAUACUAUGUUUUCAGUGAUACUUAAGGAAAGCAAAUUAAAUCCAAGACCAAAUUACAUUUAUAGCUCAAUCCUAUGAACAGCACUGGGUUCAGUGGGGCCUACUCCCUAAUUAUGAUGUUCAGGGUUGCAGCCUUAACACUAAUAUCUAUGUUUAAGUAAAACCUGCAUGAAACAGCACCCGCCUGUAAUAACUGAUUAGUCCAGAGGUGGGGAACCUUUUUUCUGGCAAGGGUCUUAUUUCUUUGGGGGUAAUCUGUGAGAGGUCACUUGCUGGGGGUCUCUGGGGCCGCUUGAUAGUGUUGGACAGGUACGGACCAAAAGUAGACUCUUUCUAUUACCUCUUUUCCACUCCCUUUCUCCCCACCCCACCCCUGCAUAUGCUGCUGUUGCUGCUAAUUCAAUUUAUAAGAUUAUUUAUAGAUUAGCUUCAACCAGAGCCAGGGCCUUUUCAACACUGGCUCCGGCCUGGUGGAACGCUCUGCCUCAUGAGACCAGGGCCCUGCAGGAUCUGAUUUCUUUCCGCAGGGCCUGUAAGACAGAGUUGUUCUGCCUGCCCUUUGGCUUGGAGCCAAUUUGAUUCCCUCCCCCUCUUUCUUUUUCCUUUCUCCUCCUGUGAUGAGGCUGCAUUUUAACAUUUUACUGUUUCAAUAUUUUAAUGUUGUAUUUUAAUCUUGUUUUUAAGUUGUAUUCAUUCAACUUGUUUUUAUUAUUGCUUGUUAGCUGCCCUGAGCCUGGCCUUGGCUGGGGAGGGUGGGGUAUAAAUAAAAAUUUAUUAUUAUUAUUAUUAUUAUUAUUAUUAUUAUUAUUAUUACCACCCUUUAUCAAAAGAUCUCAAGGCGAUGUACAGCAUUAGAAACACAUUGGAAAACACCAAUAAUAAAAACAUAGUCAAAAACCAUACUGACAGACACAGCCUAAUCGUAAUAAAUGACAAUCCUCUCUCACAUACUUUCACAGGCCACAGAUUAUUUAAUAGCCAAAGGCCUGUGGAAAGUGGAAUGUUUUUGCCUGGCAUCUAAAGACAUGUAAUGAUGGUGCCUUUCUGAAAGGAGCAUUCCACAAUCAGGGAGCCACCACAGAUGAUAGGAAAUGAGACCACAGGUUGCCCAUUCCUGAAUUAAUGGCUGGGUAGUUUUUCUGAUAAAAUGUGUGCAUAAAAUGAUGGUAACGUACAUUAUUUUACAUCACUGAAAGACGUAUUUUGAUUCUGUAUGAUUCCCCACCCCCCUCUGUCUUAGCUUAGGGACCCUGUAGAUAGCAAUGAUCAUCACGGAUGUCUGCUAAGGCUCAGCCAAGCCUUGGGGAAUUUGACGAUUGUUCAGAAAGGAGAACGUGAUCUUAUUUCGGAUGGAGAAAAAGGUAAGUGAAGAAUAAACACAGCAAACAGAAUGAUAAAUAGAGUUGCUUGGUCCUAUUAUAGAUAGAUAAUCCUGAAAAACAAAAACUAAUGCUGACAAGCAUAUAUUCAAUAUUUAACAUUAUAAGCAGGAGAAUAAUGUUUUAUUAGAUGGAUAAAAAUUGUUGACUAGGAAUUUAUAGUGAAAGUGUCAGUAUGAAAUAUGAAUAUUUUACUCAAAUAAUGGCAGCAAACAUUAUGAUUUAAGAUGUACACAGAAAAUGUUAGCUACUGGGGUUGUGGGGCACAUCAAAUGUGUGAUAAAAUUACAUGCUAAUAAGAAUGUUCAUCUAACCACAAAGGAGAUUCUUUUGUGUAUUUAUUUAUUUUUCCUAAGUAAUUAGUCCUGCAGAAUUAUACAGAAAUUAGUGAGUAAUUACAGAAGAUAAUUACAUAACAUGCAGCAGCAAACACACAGGGUGCUUUCAUAUGCAGCUGAUGUAAGCUGUUGCCUACAAAUCCUUAUGGCAGAACAAAUCAGUGGUUCCCUCUGCAUGUCCUUUUAAAAAGAGAGAUUGUGUUGUUCCUCACUUAUGCUCACAAAGCAUGAGGCUAGCCCCUCUGCACAAAGUUCCUCAUAGCCAAUUGUGAAAAAGAGGCCAAGAACUGGCAAAAUUCAGGAGUUGGACUUUGACAACUAAAUGCAGUCGUACCUUGGAAGUCAAGCAGAAUCUGUUCCAGAAGUCCGUUUGACUUCCAAAAUGUCAAGGCGUGGCUUCCGAUUGGCUGCAGGAAGCUACUGCAGCCAAUCAGAAGCCGGGGAAGCCACACCGGAUGUUCGGCUUCCGAAAAUUGUUUGAAAACCAGAACACUCGCGUCUUGGUUUCAAUCAUUUGGGAGCCAAGGUGUUUGAGAUCCAAGGUACGACUGUAUACACUGUGCAUUGUGCCUGUAAGUUGCUUUGAGUCAUUUCCAUAAGUGACUAAUAAAUGCAAAUAAUAAUAAUCUAGAAUAUUUAUAUGUGUGCACAAAUAAUGGACCCUUCAGGGAUAUGGCAGAAAUUCUGUUCUAGUCCUUGCAGCUAAUAGAUGGCACUGCAAUCAUGUAACAGAUAAACCUUGCCACUUCUUAAAUCUGGGGUGAGCCCUAGGAACCCUACCCACUUGGUACUACUCAUUACAUCUCCAGCCUCUCCCCUUUAAAAUACAGUUGGAAAACUUUGGUGAAUUAGCGAGCAAUCCUAUACAGAAGAAGCUGGCACUGGUGUUAAAAUUUACGCCAGAUCCAAACGCUGUUCGGGAGCGCGGCUGCCACUGGCUGAGCCAGCCUAAGCCUGAUAUUUCCCUCCCCCCUUUUGUAGUGCUUGUAUGCAGUCAUGAAGGAAGCAGCAGAAGGUGUGGUGGACAAGGCGAUCUCCUCUCAGGUUCUCUUGGAGUCCUAGCACACUGGGCCUUUCUUGCUGGACCAGAAAAAACAAACGGGUAAGGUGCUGGUCAUACCUGAGCAUUUUCAGCAGCCUAGUUCUUCACUGGAAUUACACUGGGGGUGGGAGGGAAACUACUGGGGAGGAGGGGGUAGAUAAACAAUAAAACGUGCAUUCGGGCAACAGAAAAAUUAAUGAGAGAUUCUUGUCUGUUAGGCAAGGCAGUAUACUUAAAUGCAAAUCUCUCCCAAGAAAUUGAAAUAUCUUUCCACGCUGAAUACCUAGAGUGAGUUAAGAUUUCUGAAGCUCCUUGAAAAAUCCAGUCCCAUUCCAGUUUUAAUGAAGAUUAUUGUUUCCUUUUUAGUCAGAACCCCUUCCUAGUGGCUGCAUUUGGAGCAUGUUCACUUACGAGGCAGUGCAACAACCAAGCCUUUCAGAAGUGUGGACGGUCUAUGACAGCCUCUGACAUGGUUUUAGAAAUCGGAGCAGCCUUUAAUAAACUCUUUGAAACCUAAGACCAAAGCAGCAGAGGAAGGAGAAAUACACAACACGGACAGCAACGGAAAUUACAGUAGGAUAUCCAUGCGUAAUGCACCCUUUUUCAAGUGCUGUUAGCGGUCUUGGUAUACUAGGUAGCUUUUAUUUUUUAAAAUAGAAAAAAAUGUAGAUAUUUUUUAAAGAGUUUGGAAUACAUUUUUUUGGCUGAAUAAGCUGUAGUUGCAGAUGUUAUAAUAUAAUAAAACUAAACUGAAAUAUUUCCUCUGUUCUAUCUCACAGUUAUUGAGCAAUAACUAAGAGUGUGCUAGUAGCAAAAGAUGCACUUAAGAGACAAAUAAAAAUAAGGGCAUGGUCCAACCAAAGUUAAGCUGUGCAUUUCUAAGGCCUGUUUAGUCCUAAUGAAUUCAGUGGGACUUCCUCCCUAGUAAGUGCAUUUGAGUUUGCAGCUGAAGUCUCCUUCGUUUCAGUGGAAGAAGUAGACAUUUCUGUCUCCCACUGAAAUAAAUAGGAUUUGAAAACACUUAACUUUGGCUGGAUUGUGUCGUAAUAUUCUUCCACCAGCUGAACUUAGUUCCUUGGUUUGCACCAACUUCAUCACUGUUUUGGCUUGAGAACUACUGCAGGGUUUCAAUUCUGUACAAGUCUGUGCUGCUUUUGAGACAUGCCAUCUUCAAGGAGGGACUGCAUGAAAUUCGCCUCGAGUCCUAGGUACAGAGGCACUGUUUUUCGUUCCUUGCUUUUUUGAUGAGGAGGGAGGGGUGGGUAUCACUAGUCUUCUUUUAAAAAAAACAAAAAACCAGCACAAAGAAGCUAUAGAACAUGGCAUGUGAAAAAUAGAAUUUAUUUAGCUGAAUGUAUUGAAGUUUCAUCUACUGAGCUGGGCUAGUUUAGAUCAUAAAAUAUUUGCAGAGAAACCAGAUUAAACCUGUGAUGGAACAUUUUUUGGGGGGUCAAAAGGGGAAGGCUUUAGGGAAACAACUAAUCAAGGAGCAGCUCCUGCCAUAAGACCUGCACGGGAAUGGUUUUCAGUAGAAAGCACCCUUCGUGCUUUUGUUUUAACUUUUAAAAGCUGCAGUGGAACACUAAUGUGUGGACACACUUAGAAGAAUCACCAGCAUGUAGUAACUGAAGAAUGAAAGGGGAAGGGCUGCCCUUUUAAAACUGCACAGCAUUAAUGAACUGGCGGUGCCCAGCAGACUACAGGGUAGAGAAUAGGUUGUUCACAGUAGCGAGUUAUCCCUACCAGAAUGUUGAGCUUCUUUGUAAUAGAGAGGGGGCACAAAUAUGCCAGAGGAUGUGUGUCAGCUGCUCUAUGUGUAUCCUGCUUAGUUAUGCUGGUUUACUAGAUGCAAACUCACGUUUUGGUAGGAUCUAUGCACGGAGCAUUUCCACUCUAGAAAUCCCACCCCAUAAUGGUUUUAAGAAGGAAAGAUUAUGGCAGAAUACCCUUUGUUUUUACUUGAAUCGCUUGCCGCCUGAUGGCAUUGCAUAUUUACUCGGAAGUAAGCCCCACCAAAUUCAUUGGGACUUGCUCCAAAGUAAGUAUAUGGAAAUCUGCAGCCAGAGUUUAUCUAGCUGUUUAACUAGCAUUCCCAUUUGUGUAGGGACAGACUGCUGUUAGGGUUUGCUACAUUAUAUAGUAGUCAGUUGUUGCUUAGCAUACACUGUCUACCUGCAACCAGGAUAUUGCUCUGUAUAAAUGCAACGUGCUUAUAACUAACAUUUGGAUGCACUGUGACUACUACCUCAGAAAAAUACAUUUGUUUCCUUUUUUUGGUUUUUUUAAUAUAUAUAUUUUCCAUUUAGUUCUAGCAAAGUUCAGAGCACCAAUUCAAACUUUUUAAAGACUUUGUUCGGUCCCUACCGCUUCAGAACACAAGUUGGGGAUAGCUUCUCACAUUUUCAAAACCAGGAAAAGUGUGUAUGCUUUCCCUUUGCUUCCGAUUAUGUAGACCGUGGCUAGUAUGAUGUACUUUUUCUUUCUACUGAAAUUGGCUCUAAGAAAAGGUUUAAGCAAAAUGUAUUAUCAAGGCAUGAUUCACUUGUACUGGGCUGAAUCCUACACUAUAUAACCUAGCACUUGGAAGAUCCCAAUAUGGCUCUAGCACCCUGUUCUCCUUGCCUUGCAAUGCAAGGGUGCAGGUUUCACAAUGCCUGUUUGCAAUGCUGCUGGGUUAAAGACAAGGCAGACUGAGACAGACUAUAAGGGAGGCAGGCGGCAUUUUGUUCCAAGAUUUUGGAGCCCUGGGUGGUUGCCUUGUUUGCUCAGCCCUAAGGUCACCACUCCUGGACUUUCUGGCAUUAGUCAUUUCCGCUUCACUGUGCCUUGGCUCAUCCCCCACCCUCUCAAAAGCAAAGUAGCAAACAAGGGUCAAUGAAUGAUUAAUUAAAAACUUGUUCCAAUAGUAACUGGCAGACCCAGAGUAGUUUGCUUUCAUUGGGUGAAGGCAAAAUGCCUGUGCUUGAGAACGUAAAUAAUGGUUGAAUUGGUUCUUCUCUGGAGUUACCUAGAAAAGCCUCCAUUGGCUUCAUGCAUCUGCUAGAGGUACUGAUUCAGCUGCAAGGCAAACCUGCUUUUAUUCAGAUUUAACAUUACCCUGAGUCUUGGGGAACAGUAAAAUUUCCAAAUUAAAUACAUUAAUUCAAAUAGGCUCGUUUGUGUUAAAUUAUCCAUCCUGAUUUUCUUGUGCUUGCAAGAUGGGGACAGGAGAGUUGAAACUAGACUGUACUACUGUACUACUUGCAAAUGUCCCUGUCCUACAGGGCAGGUGUGGGGAACCUGCGGUGCUCUUGAUGUUGCCGAACUGCAAUUCCCAUCAUUCUUGGCCAUGCUUGCUGGAAGCUGUAGUUCAGCCACCGUGGGCCACAGGUUUCACACCUCUGCUACAGGCAGUGGGUAGGAGUCAGCAUGACCAAAGCUCUGAACCCUUUUGGGAUCUUCCACAUGUAUGCCCAAUAGUUUAAAUCACAGCAUUGUCUUGGUGCAGUGAGGGAGACGUUAACCAUUGGUGUUGUCAACUGAACUAACCUAUAACCAUUUUCCAGAACACACUAUCAAAUAGCUACCAUCAUUUAGAACUGAGAUACAAAUGCUGAACGAAACAGGCAGCAGAAUUUUCAAAGCUAUUAUUUGCAGGGAAGCCAAAUAGGACCUAGGAUUUUCAAACUGAUCGGAACAGUCACUAUCGAGUUGAAUUGCUUGUUGUUUUUUUAAACUGUAUUACAGAAGUUGCAAAUAAUGUUGUCCACUAGUGUAUAAAGAUUUUACAAUUGAAGCAAUCUGAAGAUGUAGCAGUUGAUUUCUUGAUGAAAUAAAAACGACAGCUUAAAC